GCCCCAACCGGAGCCCGGGGGAGCGAGCAGCAGCAGUCCGCCACCGCAGCCGCCCGCCGGGAAGGGGACAGACAGGCCCGCACCAUGGUCAAGGUGGCCUUUAACUCGGCCCUGGCCCAGAAGGAGGCCAAGAAGGAGGAGGCGGCGAGCGGCGAGGAGGCGCUCAUCAUCCCCCCGGACCUCGUCUCCGUGGUGGACUGCAAGGAUCCAGAGGAAGUGGUGCCCAUUGGCCAAAGAAGAGCCUGGUGCUGGUGCAUGUGUUUUGGACUGGCAUUUAUGCUGGCUGGGGUGGUCCUUGGAGGGGCUUACCUGUACAAAUAUUUUGCAUUUCAGGACGACGUAUAUUAUUGCGGAUUAAAGUACAUCAAAGAUGACUUCAUCUUAAACGAGCCCUACGCAGAAGUUCCAGCUGCCCACUACCAGACGAUUGAGGAAAACAUUCAAAUUCUUGCGCAAGAGAACGUUGAAUUCAUCAGUGUGCCUGUUCCUGAAUUUGCCGACAGUGAUCCAGCUAACAUUGUUCAUGACUUCCACAGGAGACUCACAGCCUAUCUGGAUCUUAGCUUGGACAAAUGCUAUGUGAUUCCUCUGAAUACUUCAGUUGUCAUGCCACCCAGGAGCUUAUUGGAACUUCUCAUUAAUAUCAAGGCUGGAACGUAUUUGCCCCAGUCUUAUCUGAUUCAUGAACAUAUGGUCGUCACUGACCGCAUUGAAAACGUCGAUCAGUUGGGUUUCCAUAUUUACCGUAUGUGCCAUGGCAAGGAAACUUAUAAACUCCAGCGCAGAGAAAUGGGUAUUAAAGGCAUUCAGAAACGUGAAGUUCACAGUUGCCGCAAGAUCCGGCACUUUGAAAACAGGUUUGCCAUGGAGACACUUAUUUGUGAGCAGUAAUGAAGAAACAUUACUAAAAGAAGACUUACUACUUCAGUGUAUCCCCACCCUUGGUAUUUUGUGCAGUGAUUGAUUUUUUAAAAAAUCUUAUGUAAGUAGCACACAGGGCUUUUAUUGUUGAAUAUCUUCAAACGUUUCAUCUCAGUUAUGAUUAAAACCAAUAACUUUGAAUCUUUUCUUAUUUUUAAAAUGUGGUGUCUUUUAUAUUUUAACUGUAUAAAGUCAUAGCUAUUAGUAAAUUUCAUGUGACUAGGCAAAGCAUUAGAAGAGUAAAAUUUCUUUAAAACAUUUGUCAGGUUUUUUGUUUUAAAAUUUUCUUUUGAGUAAAAGGAUGAGGGAGCCGUGAGAUCCUCAAAAGCGGUAGUAAGAAUUUGUAACUAUUAUUGCCCUGCCACCAAGUUUGCCGCCACAUUUGAAUUGCAUUGGCAGUUUCCCUACUUGGAAUGUGCAGGUUUUGCAAUUGUACCUUCUUAGCUCAUCAUUUUCAACUUGAUGUUUUAAUAGGCCAAGCGCUGCUGUAACAAUAUUUUAGAAAAUGUAUGAAAAUUAAGCAGCAACUUGUGUCACUAAUUUGUAUAUAACCUAUGUAUGUGCAAUGGAAUAUAAAUCUUACAAACUUG